CCAUGUUGGCGCUAUCCAGGGAUCGGUGACAUUCCAGGAUGUGGCUGCGGACUUCACCCCAGAAGAGUGGCAGCUGCUGGACCGUGAUCAGAGAAUCUUGUAUUGGGAUGUGAUGCUGGAGAACUUUAGAAACCUCACCGCAGUGGAAGUUAUCUGCUUACUUGAUGAUGCACUAGAGAGACAGGAGGGAAGCAAAGACAAUUUUUUGAAUCAAGAUAUGUUCACCUUCAAGGAAACACUGACCAUGAAGAGAGUCCAAAAUUGUAACCUGAGUAUAAAAUGUAUUUCUUCAAGACAAACACAACAUAAAUGUGAAUCAAAUGGAAAGAGUCUGCAACCUAAUUCACACUGGCUUAGUUAUAAUAAAAGUUAUACUGGAAAAAAUUCUUAUGAAUACAAGGACUGUGGAAAAGCCUUCAAAAACAAGUUUUGUCUUAUUAGACCUGAGAGAAAAGCACAGAAGGAAAAAAAGCUUUGGCUGCACUGAAUGUGGGAAAGCCUUCCAAAAGAGGUCUCAUCUUGUUAGACAUGAAAAAAAGCAUACAAGAAAAAAACCCUUUGAAUUCAAUGACUGUGGGAAAGCCUUUAACAGUAAGGGACACCUUAUAGCCCAUCAAAAAAUUCAUAGUGGAGAGAGAUCCUUUGCGUGCAGUGAUUGUGGGAAAGCAUUUGUGCACGAAGCACAACUGGUGGUCGUCCCCCAGAGACUUCACACUAGAGAGAAGCCUUAUGAAUGCCAUCCGUGCGGGAAGUUGUUCACUCACAACUCCUCCUUUACCCAACAUGUGAAAUCUCAUGCACUCGAGAACUCGUUUGAAUGUAAGGAAUGCGAGAAAACCUUUGAGUACAGUUUAUCCCUUUAUAAACGUUCUAGAUUUCAUAUAGGAGAGAAGUCCUACAGAUGUAGAGAAUGUGGCAAAGCCUCAGUGCUUGUCACGCAUCAGAGGAUUCAUACAGGCGAGAGACCCCACGGGUGUACGAACUGUGGAAAAGCCCUCAUCAAGAAGUCACAUCUCCUUAAACAUUACUUAACUCCUACAGCAGAGCAACAAAACAAAUGUGGUGCAUGUGGGAGAUGUUUUCACCGGAAGACACAUCUCACUGUCCAUCAAAGAACUCAUAAACACAUGGGAGCUUUGUGAAUGUGGGAGAACGUGCAGUUAGCCUUUUAAUAAAGCAGCAAAGAAUUAAUAAUGAGAAAAAAAAAAACCACCAAUUGGAUGAAUGUGGAAAAGCAUGUUCUGAAAUUCAUAUUCUGUAAGUGGUACUGCUAAUUUUAUUGAGAAGAUAACAGAAGAUUUUGAGUUUACAAGUUGAGAAUUUUACUGCAUAGCAUAAAACUGAAGAAGUUGUAAACAAUUUCAAAAUCAAGGCAUCAAGCUGACUAAUUACAUAUAUGUAUUGCCCCAAUUUAUGAUUUUUAUACAAGUUAUACAAGUGCAUUGCUUAAGAAAUUUGUAUAACCAUAGGUUUGAAAUAUGUGCUACGCACAUUACACGAAAUUAUAUCUGUUAUGACGAUGGUUGCACAGCAUUGUGAUUGUACUUAAUGCCAUGAAUUACUUAAAAUGGUUAAAAUAGUACAUUUUAUGGUGUGUAUAUUUUAUUGCAAGAAAAAACAUAUAAAUAAAACUUAAAACCAAAACUA